GCCACAGACACAACAACACUGAGGAAGCACUGUCACUGUAGAAGUGAGAUUGUCCUCUCCGAAUUCGCUUUGAAACGUACAGUUUCACCCUACAUAGCUAUAAACUCAGCUACAACAUGACUAACAUGCUGACAAAAGGAGCGAUAGAGGCUCUAACCAAAGGCUCUAAGGAUUUACAAAACCCCAUACUUCAAUUAGUGAACAUCCGUAAAAUUGAUGGUGGCAGUGGACCAGCCCGCUUUCGUCUGAUGAUGAGUGAUGGACAGCACUCAAUGUCCUCAUUCAUGCUCUCCACUCAACUCAACCCAAUGGCUGAGGACAACCAACUGGCCCCAAACUGUAUCUGUCAGCUGAAUAGGAACGUGACCAAUGUCCUAAAGGAUGGACGGCUUGUGGUGGUCAUAUUGGACAUGGAGGUGGUGAAGUCUGCUGAUGAGGUGGCUGGAAAGAUCGGAGAGCCCACGCCUUACGUGGAAGGUCAGAGUAAAGCCCCACAGUCAGCCCCCAAUCCCUCAGUCCACCCCCUGCAGCCCCAGAAUGGAAAUUAUGGCUCCAUGAACAAAGGUCCCAGCAGAGAGUUUGGGGGGAAGAAGGCCAUGCCUCCGUCUGCCAUGCCCAGCACUCCUGGGGGAUCCUCCAAAGUCGUGCCCAUCGCCAGCCUCAACCCCUACCAGUCAAAGUGGACCAUCCGAGCCCGUGUCACCAACAAGAGCGGCAUCCGCACCUGGAGCAACUCUCGUGGGGACGGCAAGCUGUUCUCCAUGGAGAUUGUGGAUGAGAGUGGCGAGAUCCGAGUGACUGCCUUUACCCAGGAGGUGGACAAGUUCUACAGCAUCAUCGAGACUGGCAAGGUGUUCUACAUCUCCAAGGGAUCACUGAAGAUCGCCAACAAGCAGUACUCGUCCCUGAAGAAUGACUAUGAGAUGACCCUGAAUGGAGAGUCCACCAUCAUCCCCUGUGAGGACACCCAGGACGUACCCAUGGUGCAGUGCAACUUCGUCUCCAUCGCCGACCUGGAGGCCCGAGAAAAGGACGCCAUUUUGGAUGUGAUUGGAGUCUGUAAGAGCGUGGCCGACGUGACCCGCCUCACCACCAAGAACAACCGUGAGGUCUCCAAGAGGACGAUCAACCUGAUGGACCAGUCUGGUAAACUGGUGGAUGUCACCCUGUGGGGGGAGGAGGCAGAGAACUUUGAUGGCUCUGGGCAGCCCAUCCUGGCCAUCAAAGGGGCCAAGCUGUCGGACUAUGGGGGCAGAUCUCUGUCUGCUUCGUUCAGCAGCACCAUCAUGGUCAACCCUGACAUCCCUGAGGCAUACAAGCUGCGGGGCUGGUAUGACAAGGAGGGUCACUCUAUGGAUGGCCAGUCUCUGACGGAGGCGAGGACGGUAGGAGGAGGAGGAGGGAACACCAACUGGAAGACCCUGACUGACAUCAAGACGGAGCACCUCGGACACGGAGACAAGGCAGACUACUUCAGCUGCAUUGCCACCAUAGUGUACAUCCGUAAGGAGAACUGUCUGUACCAGGCUUGCCCUAGUCAGGACUGCAAUAAGAAGGUGGUGGACCAACAGAACGGCAUGUUCCGCUGUGAGAAGUGUGACAAAGAGUUCCCAAACUUCAAGUACCGACUCAUCGUCUCUGCCAACAUAGCAGACUACGGGGACAACCAGUGGGUGACCUGCUUCCAGGAAAGUGCUGAAGCCAUCCUGGGACAGAAUGCUGCUUACCUAGGGCAGCUCAAGGACUCGAAUGAAGCUGCCUUCGAGGAGAUCUUUCAGCAGGCCAACUUCCACACGUUCAUCUUCCGUAACAGAGUCAAGCUGGAGACCUACAAUGACGAGUCCCGGAUCAAGGCGACGGUGAUGGAGGUGAAACCUGUGGACCACAAGGAGUACAGCAAGAGACUCAUCAUGAACAUCAGGAAGAUGGCUGCCGCCCAAUAAGAACGCUCGCUUUGCCCCCUCGGCUACGUACAAGCUCCUCCCCCUGAUCUGCAGCCAUUUCAGAUGGAGCCUAAAAGUGUCGCUCUUCUAUACAUAGUUUUAUUUAUUUUUAUUUAGCUGUGUCCAUGUUACUCUGUAACUUACGGAACUUUGAAUAUGUUAACUUUUCUAUGCUAAAUGUACUGGUAGUUUGUUUUUGUCUUCUUGGACCAACAAGUAAUCUAGAGAGAGUGCUGCUGUGGCAGUAUUAUAUCCCUCUGUGUUAUGGGGAGGGUGACUCUUCUGAAACUGCUGACAUUUUGGGUGGUGGAAAAAAUGGAACCAGGGAGGGAUUUUGGAGAAGGAGGGAGGGAUGGAGACUGAGAUGGGACGGUCUUAACCACAGAAGUCAUCGCUGUGUGGUCUGUCUUAAGUCGGCCAGCUGUUAUUGCAUGUGUGUGUUGUAUAAGCAGAGGGGGGUCUGUACUGUAGCUAGCCCCCUCUCUUUCACACUCUGUCGCUCCCACCGUCACUAUGCCUGGCCUGGAACCACCCAUCCCUGAUAAGAGCAGCUAUUCCCCUCCUCUCUCUCUCACUCACACACACAGAGCAGGCAGACUUGCGGGAGAUGCUCUGUACUGUAUUUAUGUAGAUACAUGGUUUAACUUCUGUCGUUAUUUUCAGUACCUCUUAAGUUAAAUAUUUUGAACAACAAUAAUACAUGUCAUCAGCAUUUUUCUUUACAUCUAUUUGGUCAGUUGAUUGCAUAAAAAUAAACCUGUUUGUGAUCAAACACGAUGUUCUGUUGACAGAUAUGAAUAAAGGGCCCAGGUUAAUGUGAUGCGUUAGAAUGCACUGCUGGAGUGUAGCCAGAUAAAUAUAAGUAAAUAUGUCUCUGAGUGUAACCAUGUUGUACAGCAGGCAGGUUAACCAGGUCCCAUUUAAAGAGAAGUCAGUGGGGUGGAGGCCGUGGGGCAGGUCUGGAGCCUGGUUAUCUUUGUUGCUGCAUUUUAAAGGUUUUAUUCAGUAGCUGGCUCCCAGUGCUCUCUGGAUGCAUCCCAAAUAGCACAUUAUUCCCUUUACAGUGCUUUACUUGUGACCAGGGCCCAUAAGGCUCUGGUCCAAAGUAGUGUACUAUAUAGGGAAUAGGGUGCCAUUUGGGACUCACAUCUAUCUCCAGAGGUUGCACUCUGAUGUGCCUCAGAUGCCCUCCUGCAGUCUUGACUUCCAUGUUGUAUUAAAGCAGAACAUCAAUAAAGCUCUUCCCCAUUUUU